UCCGCCCGCCAGGGCCUCGCGGGCGCGACGCGGAGCCGCUGUCCCCGGGCCAGCCUGGGGCGGCUGCACUGGAACCACCCGAUGAGACCUUUUCUUUCUAGGGAUGGUGAAGUUGGCCAAAGACUCCUUUAACCCUCCUCCAGGAUGAACCCCCUGACAGAAGACAUGGAGAACGCUCUCACUGGGAGCCAGAGCUCUCACGCUUCUUUGCGAGACAUCCAUUCCAUCAACCCUACCCAACUCAUGGCCAGGAUUGAAUCCUAUGAAGGAAGGGAAAAGAAAGGCAUAUCUGAUGUCAGAAGGACUUUCUGUUUGUUUGUCACCUUUGACCUCUUAUUUGUAACAUUACUGUGGAUAAUAGAAUUAAAUGUGAAUGGAGGCAUUGAGAACGCAUUAGAGAAGGAAGUGGUGCAGUAUGACUACUACUCUUCUUAUUUUGAUAUAUUUCUUUUGGCAGUGUUUCGAUUUAAAGUGUUAAUACUUGCAUAUGCUGUAUGCAGACUGCGCCACUGGUGGGCAAUAGCGUUGACAACAGCAGUGACCAGUGCCUUUUUACUAGCAAAAGUGAUCCUCUCAAAGCUUUUCUCUCAAGGGGCUUUUGGCUAUGUGCUGCCCAUCAUUUCAUUCAUACUUGCCUGGAUUGAGACAUGGUUCCUGGAUUUCAAAGUGUUACCUCAAGAAGCUGAAGAAGAAAACAGACUCCUGAUAGUUCAGGAUGCUUCAGAGCGUGCUGUACUUAUACCUGGUGGUCUUUCUGAUGGUCAGUUUUAUUCUCCUCCUGAAUCUGAAGCAGGAUCUGAAGAAGAUGCUGAAGAAAAGCAGGACAGUGAAAAACCACUUUUAGAAAUAUGAGUAGUACUUUUGUUGAAUGUGAAAAACUCUCACAGAUGAGAAAAGAAACUGGCGAUGAGGUCUUCCAACUGAAAAUUGAAAUGGUGACAUCCAUUGCUGAGUUUGAAUAGCUGAAAAGAAUUUAUAUUGUAAUACCUCACAGACAUUGUACCAUAUCCACAUCUACUGAGUAGUCUGCUGUGGCUGGUAAGAUAAUGUAUUGAUCUAUCCUGUAUUCACUGAGACUGAGUCUAAUCUGUUAAUGAAUAGUUGCAGAAAAGUCUUGUGCUGUAUUCCUAAUCAAAACACUUCUUAAUAUAUUGGAAUAACACUU